GCGUCUCCCACAGUUUUCCACAGCUUCCUCCCAAGAUCAUCCGCAGAACUGUCAAUAUGGACACCACUUUUGAAAUACCAGAUCCGUCCGACUGGUUGUCGACAGCGCUACCCGAAAUUGCUCCUCUCGAGUCCUCACUACGCUGUCAGGUCUGCAAAGAUUUCUUCGACACCCCAAUGAUGACCAGUUGUUCACAUACCUUCUGCUCAUUAUGUAUCCGAAAAUGCCUUUCCAGUGAUGGAAAAUGCCCCGCUUGCCGAUCUGGAGAUCAAGCAAGCAAGCUGAGGCAGAACUGGGCAGUCCAAGAAGCUGUUGACGCAUUCACCGCUUCUCGAAAGACGAUGAUGAACAUGGCCCGGCGGCAGUCUACCCAGGACACUCUGAAUUGUCCCGCCGAGGAUGAAAUACAAGGCAGGAGAGGGAUCAAACGAAAACGUGACAUAGGAAUGUCAAGGGAUGACGAGGGUGCAGACAGAAGACAAACGCGCAGCCAAAGUCGACGAAAUCCACAACACACAUCAAUACCUAUCGGAUCUGGCGAACCAAUUACGAUACCCGACUCCGAAGACUCAGAUUAUACCCCCGAACCAGCAAUGCCUCGUUCCAGCGAGUCUACGAAUACCCCAGACAUGCUGGUGCCCUGUCCGAUCUGCGGAAAGCGGAUGAAGGAGGAAUAUGUCUUCUCCCAUCUCGACAACUGCACUGCGCCUACAGAUACACACGGGGCACUGACGACUAACACUGCUAGCAUGAGCAGGCCCACGAAGAAUCAGCCUGCAAAUACCGUCGCGAGAACGCUGAAUUCACCGAGAGACCUCGCUCUACAACCAAUCGCUCAGUUGAACUACAGUCUUCUCAAAGACAGCGCUUUUCGAACCAAACUCUCCGAACUAGGUAUUCCGAACUGGGGUCCCCGGCAGUUAUUGAUUCGGCGGCACACCGAAUGGGUCAACAUCUACAAUGCCAACUGUGACAGUUCAAGACCAAGAUUGAAAAAGGAUUUACUGCGAGAGCUCGAUGUAUGGGAGCGAACUCAAGGCGGACAAUCGCUAAGGGGAACGGCUGGAUCAAAUUCGGAUGUUUCGAAAAAAGAUUUCGACAAAGAUGUUUGGAGGGACAAGAACAAAAGCCAGUUUGAAUCUUUGGUUGCCGACGCACGAGAGCGAGCCAUGAAAGCAAAAACAUCUAGGGAGGCCCUUGAUAAAGAGAAGGAUGGGCAUGAUGCUCUGGAUUCAAGGGCCGUGAUUGCAGAUUCUCAGAGCCCUGAAGAGAUGGAAGACACGGAUGCUCAAAGGUCUCCCUCGUACCCUGAAAACCGCAAUCUAAACGCGCAUAGCGCCGAGACUUCGGGGUUAGAGCAAAACCAUCUUUCGCUGAUGGAAGAGACAAGUCAGGCAGAGGGCGAUAGCAUAAAGAAGCCGCCCCUGCUCGAUUUGCCGCAUGAACCAGUGGCUGAUGUUGAGCAAACGGAAACAUCGAUCUAAGGGUCGGUUGUGGCGCAUCGAGAGGGUAUGUUUGCUAGAACAUUGCCUUUCUAUGGCCGGCUCACUUUCUACAACCUUUGUUGUAAUCCCGGUAUACACCGUUUGGGGGCAGCGCGGAAAGCCAGUGUACAGCCUGUAGUCAACACCAUAGAUAACAGCAUAGAAUACAUUACCGUAUUGCCUGAUUUGGCAUGAUAUGGGCGUAGACAGUCCAAUACAGC